ACCACCAGCCCGCUCUCCUCUGCUCUCCCGCAUGAUGAUCCCUUUAUAAUUCCUCUACUCCGCUCGGUUUCCCCUCCUUCGCGUGGUCGCCUCCUCAGCUGUUCUCAGAUCAGCUGUAACGGACGGAUCUCUCCAGCUGUGUGCGGCGGCUCUCCAGUCCCGCAGACGGGGUCGGCCAUGUUGUUGCGUGGUGGGGGUAGAUGUAAGUUUAGUAGGAGGAAGUAGAGGCGACGGAGAGCUGGGACACUUUCAGGAGCUCACUUUUCUCCCUCUGCUGCGGCUGGAAUAACCCUGUGUGAUGACAAUGACUGUCUCCUCCGUCCUCACUCACUGUGGGGCUCCAUUGAUUUAACUUCAGCAUUCAGUCUGUCCACAGCUGCUCCUUCUUCUUCUUCUGCUUCUUUUUCUCCUGCUGGAUGGAUGAAGUGAGGAUGAAGGCGGUUCGGUCCCAGUUGGAAUAACUCUGAUUUUUUUUUCUCUUCUUCUUCUCCCGGAUCUGAUUUUAGGAGGGGAAGGAAAUUAAAACACAUCUGAGAAGGCGGGACGAGACGAUGGGCUGCAUCAAGAGCAAAGAGGACAAAGGCCCCGCCAUGAAGUAUCGGCCGGAGAUUCCCACGGCGUCGGAACCCAACGCCGCCGUAACCACGCCACACGUGGGUCACUACGGACCGGAUCCCACCCAGCUGCAGCAGAACCAACCUCCCACCUCGUCAUCGGGCUCCGGGGCGGCGAACUUCAACCACAGCCUCACGCCGUUCGGCGGCGCGUCCGCCAUGACUCCCUUCGGAGGAGCGUCCUCCUCCUUCUCCGGUCCUGCUGUGUCCAACUCGUUCUCUGGCGGUGUCUCAAGCGGCGUUACCUUCUUCGUGGCCUUGUACGACUACGAAGCUCGAACGACUGACGAUCUAUCGUUUAAAAAGGGAGACCGCUUCCAGAUCAUCAACAACACAGAGGGAGACUGGUGGGAGGCGCGCUCCAUCAACACGGGGAGAAACGGCUACAUCCCGAGCAAUUAUGUGGCUCCAGCUGACUCCAUCCAGGCUGAAGAGUGGUACUUUGGUAAAAUGGGACGCAAAGAUGCCGAGAGACUGCUGCUGAAUGCAGGAAACCAUCAAGGAACCUUCCUAGUGCGAGAAAGUGAAACUACUAAAGGUGCUUUCUCUCUCUCCAUACGAGACUGGGACGAGACCAAAGGAGACAACGUGAAGCACUACAAGAUCCGCAAGCUGGACAGCGGGGGGUAUUACAUCACCACGCGGGCGCAGUUUGACACGUUGCAGAAGCUCGUCAAACACUACACAGAGCACGCCGACGGGCUUUGCCACAGGCUGACCACGGUUUGCCCGACAGUCAAGCCUCAGACCCAGGGGCUGGCUAAAGAUGCCUGGGAGAUCCCCCGGGAGUCCCUACGGCUGGAGCUGAAACUGGGCCAGGGCUGCUUCGGAGAAGUCUGGAUGGGCACGUGGAACGGCACCACCAAGGUGGCCAUAAAGACGCUGAAGCCGGGCACCAUGUCUCCUGAAGCCUUCUUCCAGGAGGCUCAGAUCAUGAAGAAGCUCAGGCACGAAAAGCUGGUGCCCCUUUACGCCGUGGUGUCUGAAGAACCCAUUUUCAUCGUCACAGAGUACAUGGCCAAAGGAAGCCUACUCGACUUCCUCAAAGAGGGGGACGGCAAAUUCCUCAAGCUCCCAUUGUUGGUGGACAUGGCUGCACAGAUCGCCGACGGCAUGGCCUUCAUCGAGAGGAUGAACUACAUCCACAGGGACCUGCGCGCCGCGAAUAUCCUCGUGGCCGACAACCUGGUGUGCAAGAUCGCCGACUUUGGCCUGGCCAGGUUGAUAGAGGACAACGAGUACACGGCGAGGCAAGGAGCCAAAUUCCCAAUUAAAUGGACGGCCCCGGAGGCGGCCCUGUACGGCCGCUUCACCAUCAAAUCAGACGGCUGGUCCUUUGGGAUCUUACUCACUGAGCUCGUCACCAAAGGCAGAGUGCCCUACCCAGGCAUGGUGAACCGGGAGGUGCUGGAGCAGGUGGAGCGAGGCUACCGCAUGCCGUGCCCCCAGGGGUGCCCCGAGUCCCUGCACGAGAUGAUGAAGGUCUGCUGGAAGAAGGACCCGGACGAGAGGCCCACUUUCGAGUACCUCCAGUCCUUCCUGGAGGACUAUUUCACCGCCACAGAGCCACAGUACCAGCCUGGGGAGAACCUAUAGCCUGGCUGGACCCGGGGCCCCACGCCAGGGAGGACACUUGAAGACAAAAGCUCUUAAUUAUUGGACACUGCAAAAAGUCGACUGGAUACCAGACUAACCAGUUGCAUAAACCACUACUUCCUCUACCCAUUCUUUAUUUUGUUUUGCUUUCAUCACCCGCCAUCAUUUCAUUUGACUUUGUUGAUUUAUUGUUUGUUGUUUUCAUUGAAGGUACGAGGUUAAGUCUUGUGUGUAAUGUUUGAUUUUUUUAAUGUGGAUUUUUUUCACAAUGUACAUUAAUGACAGUUCUUCUAAAUACACGAUACAUGUUUGGUUUUUCCUCAUGAUCGCAGACUAUUCCUGUAAAAAUAAGCUGUGAUAGUGCAACGCAAUAGAAACACAUGCGGUUUAAUGUGGAGCUCUCACGCUCCAUUUGCGUCCCAAAUUGUAUUCUUUUGUGGUAAAUUGGGGAAUUAUACAUCAAAACCGUUAAUUAUGAACAGAGAUAAUAUAUUAAACUAACAGGAGGAAGCUCUCAAGGGACUGAUUAGCACAGUCCAUUUGACAGUAAUUAUUUAAAAGUAAAUCCCACACAGCUUAACUUAAGCUACAUUUCAUCCGCUGCAUUGCAAUGUAUUAUGUGUUACACCCCAGUGACUACAAUGAGACUGUGACGUGGUCUUUGAUGCUUUUCUUGGACUUUAAAAUGCAUUUGGACUUUUGUUUUUAUAUUAUUUUGUCCCUUUUGUGAUCACAAGACUUUAUCACAUUUUAUUCACAUCACAUGGUGUCAUCGCUUCAUCUGAAAACGUUCCUGACUGUCCAUCUAGAAAUCUCUGCUCAGACUUUUUUAUUAUUAUUAUAACAAUGCCAUAAUUCUCUCUGCCCCUCACUGAGGUUGUAUAAUCUCCCUGCGAUCGCCACAGAGACACGCUUACAUAAAAGCAGUGUGUGUAUCAUGUGCCAGUGAGUUAAACAGUGAUGAAACUCGUGGACUCGCUAAGCCAGAAGGACGCUUCACGGAUACGACGUGACGGGCUCUUUCUAAAAAUGGACAUCAUGAACAAAGCCACGAAAUAAAAGGGGAAACCAUUGUUUUAUCGUCUACAAUGUGGCUAACUGAGGCGCUUGAGACUCUUUCAUGUUCAUGUAUCUAAAGUGGCUCUGCAGAAACUAUUUGUAUAGCAAUGAUUACAGUUUUUUUUUUUUUUUUUUUACAGGGAUCCUAUCGUUGCAUUUUGCUCCCGUAUACUCAUUGAGACAGUAUUACGAUGGGAAUAACACACAUUGACGACUGGGCUUGUGAAGAAGGGCUUUGUAUAUUACAAAAUGGUCAUUUUUUAAAGAUUAAUAAUAGAAUGGACAAGAUUGCGAAAUAUAUUUGGGGAGGGAGGUAAAGGGUGCAAUCUCAUCGGGGGAGUUUGUACAAUAAAGACGUGAUUUUACAAAG